CAACACGGCAAUGAGUUCAAAAACCAACCAGGACCCAAAAGCCGCAGUGGCCAUCCAGAAAAGGUCAAGGGUCCCCGGGGUGAUGAUCACCCAGUAUGUGGAGUCACUGCCUGCAGGGAAGUCAACGCCCGACUUCACCCGGAAACCAAUGGCUGCGACCACUCAAGAGGGCAAGCGACAAAACCCGCGACAAACUUUGAUUACGACAACGUAACGAGACACCGUCUACAACUGUAUCGCUGCCUCGCUGCCUUUGUUUUUUGUUUUUCAGGGAAAAAAAUAUUCUUCAAAGCCGUGGUCAGCGGAGAGCCGGCGCCGGCCGUGACGUGGGGCCGUAAUAAGGGCGAGGUCGAUGACCCGGAGAAAUACAAGACCCGAUAUGACGGAAGAGCCCAAGAGCACAUUCUAGAGAUUGUCAACGUAAAACCGGACCAGGCCGACACCUACAAAUGCUUUGCCACCAAUGAGUUCGGAAUGGCUGUUUGCACUGCGGCUCUCAAUGUUAUUGGAGGUGGUCUGAAGAAGAAAGCCAAAGAAGCACCCCAAGAUUUCCGAAAAAUGCUAAAAAAAACUGUUGUCGUCACCCGAAAGAAACAGCUCCCGCCAAAAAAAGAGGGGGAAAUUGAUCCUAAGCUCUUGGAGCUGCUUAUCAGUGCACCAAAGAAGGACUACGAAAGAAUCUGCUUUGACUUUGGUGUUUCCGACUUUCGCUGGUUGCUGAAGAGACUCAACCAGCUGAAAAAAGAAAGGAAUGACGAGCAGGCAAAGGUCGUAGAGCAACUGGACAAUGUGAAACAAAUAGAGGUCAAAUCAAACGGGAGAGCUGAGUUUGGCUUCGACAUGUCACUGCAUGACCCCAACAGUGCAAUCAACUUAUACAAGGACGGGACAAUGGUUCCAUACGGAGACGAUGAAAAUUCAAAGCACAGCCUUAAGACCUCAGGGAAAAAAUAUGUUUUCAGCAUCAAAGAUCCUCAGCCAGAAGAUGCUGGAUUUUACCAGGUCGAUGUUGAAGAAGCAAAUGUCCUUUCAACUGACUUUCGAGUGCCUGCUGUGGAGUUCGUAGCCAAGAUUAAGGACGUGACGGCCUCCGAAAGUGAAGACGCCAUCUUUCAGUGUGUCUUGUCAACACCGCUCAAAAGAAUCACCUGGUCAAAACAGGAAUCAUCACUUGAACACGGGGACAAAUAUGAGAUCACUGUCUCGGAGGACAAUCUAAUUCACACGUUGACAGUUAAAAACUCUAACAAGGAGGAUAUUGGAGCCUAUUAUGCCAUUGCUGGUAUACAAUCCAGCUGUGCUUCUCUAAAAGUGGAAGCUGAUCUGAAUGAUAAAAGACACAAGGACACCCAAAGAGGGAAUCAGGAUGGCCUGAAUAAACUUGCACUGGAGCAGCAGGCCCAGCAACAGAAAGACGACUUGGAGGCAGCCAGACGAGCUGGAGGGGAUGGAGACGGGUCUGGUGAUGGUUCCGGAGGCCAGACGGAUGGAGACAAUGGAGAUGAUGGUGGCGACGGCACGAAUAAGAACCUCCUGACAGAAGGAGAUGAUGAUGAAAAUAAAGGAAAUGAUGGAGAUGAUAAGGAAAAGAAGCAGGGACGAGCUGGCCCUUUGGCUCCCGACACAGUUGCAGAUCGCGGCGCUCAGUUCAUCUGUGGACUGUCGGACACUGUCGCUAACAUCGCGCAACGGACAGAGCUCUCCUGCAAACUAAGCAGCGAGGCCACUGAGGGGCGUUGGUAUAAAAAUGGGAAGCUGCUGACCAAUGAGGAUGGGGUAACAAUUAUCAAAGACGGGGCCUGUCACAGGUUGGUAAUUGAUUGCUGUAAAAAAGAUGACGCGGCUGUGUACUGCUUUGAAGCCGACGGCCGUAAAUCCGAAGCAACUCUUAACAUUCAAGAUCCCCCAAUAAUUGAUGAGGAUGCGCUAGGAAAAUUCUCAAAGGCAGUCGUUAUAAAGGCAGGUGAAAAUGCAGAAUGGAAGAUGCCGUUCUCAGGUGGGGCUCCGAUGACUAUACAGUGGUACAAGGAUGACGAUGAGCUUUUGCCCGCUCUCAAUGUGAAGAUCGAAACAUCCGCUAAUGAGAGCAAACUACGCCUUGUUAAGUGUCAGAGGACAGAUGGUGGGGAGGUCAAAAUAAAAAUAAAAAAUGAAUUUGGUACGACGGAAGCUAUUUCCAAACUUAACGUGCUGGACAAACCCACGCCCCCACAGGGGCCGCUGGACGUUACAGAAAGUGCCGUGACAUCGGUUGAGUUUCAAUGGAAACCACCAAAACACAGCGGCGGAUGCCCGGUCACAAGCUACACCAUAGAACGCCAACAAGUCGGGCGCAAUAAAUGGACGGAUCUCGGUGAGAUCCCCGGCAGCAUCUUGAGUUACAAAGACUCAGAUGUGAACCCCGGAAGGAGAUACUGCUACCGGAUCAGAGCCAAGAACGCUGAAGGCGUCAGUGACCACCUGCAGACGGGGGACAUCGCAGCAGGCGUCUUGCGCUAUCCCGGAUCGCCAGCACCACCACAAGUGGUCAGCGCCUUAAAAGAUUGCAUCAAUCUGGCUUGGUGUCCUCCAUGUGACACUGGAGGAACCACUAUUGUGGGAUACAACUUGGAAAAGAACAAGAAAGGCACAAAUUACUGGAGCCUUGUAAAUCCACAGGGGCCCAUUACAGAUACAAAGUAUGCAGUGACUGAUGUUUUUGAAGGGGCAGCAUAUGAAUUUAGGGUGUCUGCUAUCAACCUAUCUGGUGCUGGAGAUCCUAGUAACCCGUGUGACACAGUGAUCGCAAGAGAUCCAAUGAAACCUCCAGGCAAAGUCAGAGACCUGAAGUUAACAUCCUCCAAUUAUAGCAGCUUUUCACUGGCUUGGACUAAACCUAAAGAAAUUAAAGGGGUGGAGGAUGAAGCCCAAGGCUACUAUGUGGAGAUCAGACCAAUAGAAAACAUUGAAUGGAGCCGUUGUAAUGCCAACCCAGUUACUCUAACCUCCUACACCGUGCUUGGCUUGAAGGCAAUGGCCUGCUACUGGGUGAGAGCCAUUGCCACAAAUUAUGGAGGCGAUGGAGAACCUCAAGGAUUUGACACUUAUGUCAUUGCCAUGCCUCCUCCUGUAAGGCCAAAGUUUAAAGAUCGCAACAUGAAGAACUUUGUAGUGGUACGAUCCGGGAACACGGUCUGUCUGAAUGUCAACUUUGAGGCCUCCCCGCUGCCACACGUCUUGUGGCUAAAGGAUGGAACUCCAGUGCCGAGACAUGUAACUAUUACCAACUCUGAUAAAGGUUCUCUCAUGUUGAUCACCACAUCCGAGCGGUCUGACAGUGGCAUCUACACCAUUACUGUCAAAAACAUUGUGGGCCAGGAGAGCAUCAAUGUUGAAAUCAGAGUCACAGAUGAUCCAAAACCUCCAGGUCCAGUGGAGCUGGAUCAGAACAUCCCAGGAACAGUGACUCUGUCCUGGAUGUCCUCUCCAGACGAGACGAGGGAUGACCGACUCCACUACAUGGUGUCCAAGCGUGAUUCCUUCCGUUGCACUUGGAGGACAGUGGCUGACAACCUCUUCAACAAUAAGUUCACAGUUGUCAAUAUUUUGCCUGGACGGGAGUAUUACUUCAGGGUGUUUGCUAAGAAUGACAUGGGUCUUUCUCCACCUUCCGAGGCCCCUGUGUUUGGAACCAUGAAGCAAAAAGGAAAGUUCCAAGUUGACAGGCCUGAAACAAAACCCCUUGACUUCCAGUCACAACCAUCAUUCCUCGUUCCCCUGAAAGCGCGCACGGCUCCACAGGGUUACGAGAGCCACAUGAGCUGCGCAGUCAGGGGGGAUCCGGCUCCCCGAGUGACGUGGUACCACAACAAUAUCAGCCUGAGCACAAACACCAACUACCACAUCCGCAACGUGUGUGGCGUGUGCUCUUUGCUCAUACUGACGGUGGGACCCAAAGACUACGGGGAAUACAAAGUGGUCAUUGAGAACAAACUGGGGACAGCAGACUCCUUAAUGACACUGAUUGUCAGAGAAUGAAGAAGAGUUGCAGCUGAGCACAAGAUUUCGAGUGUGUUUUAAACCAAUUAACCAAGAGAUGCAGUGACAACUCCUGCUUGUUUUACUUACUUCAUUUCCAGCGAGUGUGAUGUACCAGUAUUUAAACACAUAUCUUUAGAAAGCGCCCUAAAAAAAACGUGUGUGUUUUGGGAAUAUAUUCUACUAUUAAACUUGCGGCUAUUUCA